GAGAGAGAGAGAGAGAGAGAGAGAGAGAGAGAGAGAGAGAGAGAGAGAGAGAUGUCGAACUGUAUUAAGGUGACGGGGGUGUCAAUGAAUGCAAAGGAGAAGGAUUUGCGCGAGUUUUUCAGUUUUUCUGGGGAUAUAGAGACCGUCCAUCUGUCUCCAGAUGCCAGCGGCCUGCAGACAUGCUUCAUCGUUUUCAAGAGCCCGAAAGCGUUAGACACGGCUCUGUUGCUUACGGGGGCGAAGAUUGUCGACGAGGCGGUGGAAAUUAAAGAAGCUAGUCCUGAGGAGGUUCCAGGUCAUGACGCCUCCGCGGCGGACGAUGUCGCCAGAGGCGCGUCUUCCACUGCGGGGAUCGCGCAAGCCGCCGAGCAAGGGCUUAAUCGUGCGCAGAAGAUGAUCUCUACCAUGCUCGCUAAGGGUUACACAUUGGGGAAGGACGCCGCGGGCAAGGCGAAGGCCUUCGAUGAGAAGCAUAACAUCACGGCAUCCGCGGCCGCGAAGGCGGAGGCGUUGGACAGGAAGCUCGGGCUCUCGGAACGCCUGCACGCCAGCGCGCAAGGACUCAAUCAGCAGUUGAGGGAGGUGGAUGAGAAGUUCCACGUGACAGAGAAGACGAGGGGGUUCUUCAGCCAGGCUGAGGAUAAGGUGAACGAGAUGGGGACUGCGGUCAUCAAGAGCAAGCCGAUUCAGACGACUUCGACAUGGAUCAAGGACACGUUCGAAAAAGUGGUCAGUAAGGCCAUGGAAAAGAAGGGGCAAUCGUCCAAGAACUCGCCCGGAGGAGGCGAUCCGUACUCUGCCAUGUCGGGGGACCGGUCGGGUGACGAAGCCGUGGAGGCGCGAAUUGCUGACCUGCAACUCGACUCCAGCGCAGGAGGCUCAUCUGGAGAUAAUGCAACAGAGGUAGCGCUGAACGACACGAGCAAGCCUUCUGCUUGAAACUUGAUAUUUCGAAGUAGUGGGUUGUUUCUUUGAUCUGUCUGCGUUAUGUUUCCUUGUGCGUGCGGGCGUGUGUGGGUGUGGGUGGUGUGUGUUGUGUUCGUGU